GUGCUCCGGAGAUUAACGUCUACCCUCAUCUAACGCUCUGGAUUCAGUUCAUGAAAGCCUUGCUAAAUGGCUGAUGAGCUAAAUCAGGUGUGUUUAAUGAGGUAGUGUGCUGAAAUUGCCUGCCAGGACCUGGAGCUUGACACAUGUGCACCAGACAGAAAGGCGGUCUGGAUACUUUCGGAUAUAUAGUGUGUGAAAGCUGCUUAAACAUACUGGAAAUGUGAAAAUCUAACAGGACUUCAUGAGGGCGAUUCUUAGUGCCAGGUUGAAUCAGUUUCAGGAAUGCAGUUUGUAAUAAUAUGAUGUAAGUCAGCCGUCCUGGAGGCCCUUUUCCUGCUUUAGCACAGCCACUUUAACUUAAUAAUGGGCUGUUGAUGAGCUGAUUUGUUGGAUCGUGUGUUGGGAGCACUAAAAAGUGGGCCAGGGUUGAGAAACUCUGGUGUGAAUUAUGCGUAAUCUUUAACGAAUUGCAAAUAUGUUUCUUAGCAUCUGUAGGAGCAGUAAAUUAAAGAAACAGGAAGCUGUGGCAGCAUGAGAGAGCCGGAAGAGAAGAGAGAGAGACAGAUAGAGAGAGGGGGCAGUGAGAGAGUGAGAGAGAGAGAGAUUCAGAGAAAACUGCUGAGAAAACACACAGAUACGCUUCGUCGGCGAAACGUGUGCACAGGGCCUGUGAACAUGGUGGACAGUUGUGAAUCUCUCAAGGAGGGCGUGGUCGGGGUGAAGGAGACGGAGUGCAAUGGUGAAAAUGAAAAUGGUGUUUCCCAGGGUGCUUUGCAGGGGCAUGACUCUUCCCCUGACUCCUCCCACCAGAACGGGUCAGACAAGGCCAGUCAGAAUGAAAACUCCACCCCCUCCACUCCACGGAAGAAACGUGGGCGCCGGAAACGCGAACACCCAGAAAAACAUAUAGAAGAUGAUGGUAGCAGUAGUGAUACCAGCAGAGGAGAGGGUGAUAGUGGACGUAAGCGUAGUCGUCAGGGCUGGGACAUCAGUCUCCGAAGGAGACCCGUCCCCAGAAUCACCUACCAGGCUGGAGAACCGUACCGCAUCAGCAGGAGAGAGAUGGAAGAAAUGCUCGCCCGCUGCAGAAAAGAAGAGGAAGAAAAGAAGGCCCACGAGGUGGAGCCAACGAUGAACGACAGCAUGGCGGACCAAUCCGGAGACGAAGCUCAGAAGAAGGAGGAGCAGCCCGUCAUCAGUCUCCCGCCCACUCCCACCCCUCAGACUCCGCCCCCUCAGCAACAGCACACAGACCCCGCCUCCCCCACCGUUGCCACGACGCCUGAACCCGUUCCCGUCGCCUGCAGCAACAAAAGCCUACGCAGGUCUUGCGAGGCGGAGCCAGAGUACGAGGAUGGCCGUGGGUUUGGGAUUGGCGUGCUGGUCUGGGGGAAGCUGCGGGGUUUCUCCUGGUGGCCCGGCCGCAUCGUGUCCUGGUGGAUAACUGGGCGAAGUCGAGCUGCAGAAGGAACUCGAUGGGUCAUGUGGUUCGGAGAUGGGAAAUUCUCUGUGGUGUGUGUAGAAAAACUGUUGCCUUUGAGUUCAUUUUCUACUGCCUUUCAUCAGCUUACCUACACCAAACAGCCCAUGUACAGAAAAGCUAUCUACGAGGUGCUACAAACAGCCAGUAUGCGGGCAGGAAAGCUGUUCCCGGUGUGCGUGUCCACCGACGAAUCCGACUCAGCGAAGAAUGUUGAGCUGCAGACCAGAGCGAUGAUCGAGUGGGCCAGUGCAGGAUUCCUUCCGACCGGAGCCAAGGGCCUGGAGCCCCCACCAGCGGAGCAGAGUCCGUACACUGAGGUGUAUCCAGAGAUGUGGGUGGAGCCAGAAGCUGCAGCUUGCCCGGCCCCUAAGAAACCCAGGAAAAGCAGUUUGGAGAAACCCAAAAUCAAAGAGAUUAUAGAUGAAGGGACCAGAGAGAGACUCGUGUAUGAGGUGCGUCAGAAGUGCCGGAAUAUUGAAGACAUGUGCAUAUCCUGUGGAAGUCUGAACGUGUCACUCGAACAUCCUCUCUUCAUUGGAGCCAUGUGCCAGAGCUGCAAGAACUGCUUCCUUGAGUGUGCGUAUCAGUACGACGACGAUGGAUAUCAGUCCUACUGCACCAUCUGCUGUGGGGGAAGAGAGGUGCUGAUGUGUGGGAACAACAACUGCUGCAGGUGCUUCUGUGUGGAGUGUGUGGAUCUGCUGGUGGGCACUGGCUCUGCGCAGGCUGCUAUACGAGAGGACCCGUGGAACUGCUUCAUGUGCGUCAGCAGGAAUGUGUUUGGGCUGCUGCGGCGCAGAGAUGACUGGACAUCGCGCCUUCAGCUGUUCUUCGCCAACAACCAUGACCAGGAGUUUGAACCUCCUAAACUCUACACUCCUGUAGCGGCAGAGAAGAGGCAGCCAAUCAGAGUGCUCUCUCUGUUUGACGGCAUCGCUACAGGUUUACUGGUGCUAAAGGACCUGGGGAUCCAGGUGGAGCGUUACGUGGCGUCGGAGGUGUGUGAGGAUUCCAUCACCGUGGGAAUGGUGCGGCACCACGGACGCAUCAUGUACGUGGGGGAUGUCCGCAACAUCACACGCAAACACAUUCAGGAAUGGGGUCCGUUUGAUCUUGUGAUUGGUGGGAGCCCCUGCAACGAUCUAUCCAUCGUCAACCCAGCCAGGAAGGGACUCUAUGAGGGCACGGGCCGCUUGUUUUUUGAGUUUUAUCGGCUACUGCAUGAGGCUCGUCCGAAAGAGGGAGACGACAGGCCGUUCUUCUGGCUCUUCGAGAACGUUGUCGCCAUGGGAGUCAGUGAUAAGAGAGACAUCUCACGCUUCCUCGAGUGCAAUCCAGUGAUGAUCGACGCCAAGGAGGUUUCGGCUGCCCACCGCGCCCGCUACUUCUGGGGCAACCUGCCCGGUAUGAACAGGCCAUUGACUGCCAUGGUGAAUGAUAGGCUUGACCUGCAAGACUGUCUAGAACAUGGCCGCACAGCCAAGUUUGAUAAGUUGAGAACCAUCACCACUCGCUCCAACUCCAUCAAGCAGGGCAAAGACCAGCACUUCCCCGUCUACAUGAACAACAAGGAGGACAUUCUCUGGUGCACCGAGAUGGAGAGGGUGUUUGGUUUUCCUGUCCAUUACACAGACGUGUCCAACAUGAGUCGUCUGGCCAGGCAAAGGCUUCUGGGAAGGUCGUGGAGCGUCCCCGUCAUUAGGCACCUUUUCGCCCCACUGAAGGAAUACUUCGCCUGUCUUUAACCCUCGCACACCUGUUAUGACAUCACAACGACUCGCUUCACUCCCUCAUCCGCAUACCGACCAAGCUCCACCCCUUUCUUUUGUUUUCGGUAGUUGCCUGACGACCUACUGGUGCUAUUCAUCAAAAAAAAUACGAUGUUUCAUCCAACUACAUAGUCUCACUUUCACAUGUCAGCUAUUUAUUGAAGACAUAAUAAGACAUGCAGUACUUUGCAAAAGUUUUAGGCCUCCUGGGAGAUUUAAAGCUAUUGAUCUGGGCAGUAAGCAUGUAUUUGCUAAGAAAAACGCUAACAUUAGUAUAAAUACAAAUAACAUUAGAACCGUUGUAAUUGGUUAGCUGAGUCAUUUCCGAGCCUUUCCUGGAGGUAUCCCAGUUUAUAGUCACCAUCCAGUACCUUCAUUAAAUUAAUUCAGGUGUGCUGGUGGUGGAGUUGACUUUUUCGAAAACAAGUCUUUGUAACUAUUUACUGUAUUAAAGAUUAUUUGUAUUUUUUAUCUGGUAUAUAGUGUUUGUUACAAACAAAACACGGAUAAAUAGUUUUAUACAUUUCAGCUGGCCUAAUACUUUUGCUCAGUAUUUUAGUACUGUUUAUUGGUUUUAUUGCCAUAUUAACUGUUAUUAGGGGUCCAAUCACCAAGGGUGCUGCAACUGUUCCUGCACCUGCUCAGAUUUUUCUUCUCAGUAUUCUUACGUAGAAUGUAAUGAGGAUCAUACUGUAAGUGUAGGAGGUGCUAUAACAUGCAAAAAAACUGUUUCUCAGUCACCGUGUACCCAAUUAAGCUCUGCUGCAUCUUUGAGCUACUUUUUAAUGGAACGUUGAAGAUGAUUUCAUAAUUGGACAAAAACGGCCACCACUAGCCAAUCAGAUUUCAGGAGACCGUUUGCAGGCUUGGCGCUCCUGACCAUAUUUGCAAAUCUGGCAAACUGAGAGGCAUGCUAAAUUUUCUUUAAAUCAGUCUCCAGGGGGGUGCAACAAUGCUAUCUAGUGCCUGUUAAUGUAAUGUCCCGGUCUCCUGUUAGGCUAACCCUGGCCACCAGAGGGAGAAAGAGAACUGACCCAGGCUGAUUAGGGCUUACUGUUGUCAGCUAUUUGUCACCACCAUGUAGCUCUCUGCUCAGUUCAUGCUGCCACAUGCAAGCAUUCUUGCCAAAGCUGGCAACUUGGUAAAAGCUCUCUCUCAAGGUCUGGUGCUUCCUAAUGUUCUCCUGUUCGCCGAGGGGAAAAAAAGAAAGGCACAUGAGAGAAAGAAACAAAGAAGGGAGUUAUUGUUUUACGUUUCUGAGAGGUUCUGAGGUCACCCUUGGUUUCUGUCACCAAGUUUGUCUCUUCAGUGGUGCUCCUGCUAGCAUGCUGGCCUUUCAGCUCAGAGGUCGGAGGGUUGAACCCCCUCUGACUUUGAGUCAUCUUAGUUUUCCCUCCCUUCCUCCAGCUAUUGUCUCGAGUGCUUUGUUCACCCUACAGAACUUGGUCGGUAGCUUACACCAUAGCAUCCUGGUCUCCAAACACAGGGACCACAGGUUUGAUCCCCAUGCGGGAUAAGCCAGCUGCCUUGUUACAGCUAUAGCAUUUCUGUAGAUAUAGAUUUUCAGUAUCUCUUGCUCUGAUUAAAAUAGAUCAUUAGGAAGCUUGAUUUUAAACUGAUGUUUACCACAUCAACAGUAAUAUUCAAUUGCUGGGGCGGGGCUAAAAUAGUAAUUGCAAAUUGGGAACUAGUUGCAAACAUGGUGCUUGGACCCCGAUGAUUGCCGCUUGUGGCUACAUUAUUAUUUUUUUUUUUCCUUUUUUAAGCAUUUACUAUGAUGUCGGGACGAUCGACACCUUUCAUCUGUGAUAGCAAGGCUUCUCUCGGGCAGGAGUGACAAAAAAAGAGACUGUGUGCAUGAGUGAGUGUGUGUGUGAGAGAGAGAGAGCAAGAGGACAGUCUCUUUGAGCACAAAGCUGGUAGGGAGGGUCACGCCUUCUUUUUUAAAAGUUAACCCAUGCAUCCUGCUUCCUUUACCUAUGGUAGCCCAUUCCCAACAGGAAGAGGUGGAAAACACCUUCCCUGUUCUCCUUUUCUUCUCUGUUUCUGGCAGCAGAAUGUCAAAAUAUUGGCUUGCUACCUUGAAAUAAUGCCUUAUUUUCAUGUCAUAUAUUGACUGAAGCCUGCAGUAAAUAUCAAAUAGGACUAAACAACAUGGAACCACCACCAAACACAACUCUGUGCAUGUCUUAGCAUUGCUAGAGGCUCCAUGCAGUAGAGCAGGCAAACAUGUGACACGAUGUGGACCAAUCACAGUUAGGCGGAGGUCUCGGAACAAACAAUGCAGUGACCAGGAGUUCUGUUCAGCAAAUGCACACAUCACAAAAAAGGUGUUGUUUUGUUUUGAAACCUUGUUAAAAUAAUGGCUUAUUUUCUUGACAAAUUUGUGUAAUAUCCUCCAAAAAAGUUCUUUACUCAGAAUAUUGACUUAAUAUCUCAAAAUAAUGCAUUUUUAUCUCAAAAUAUUGACUUAAUAUCUCAAAAUAAUGAAUUCUUAUCCCAAAAUUUUCACAAAACAUCUUAAACAAUUGCUCCAUUUCUUUUUCCAAAAUAUUGACUUAAUAUCUCAAAAUAAUGGUUUUAUCUCAAAAUUUUCACAUAAUACCAUAAUGCCUUAAACAAUUACCAAGUUUUUUUUUUUUUCAAAAUAUUGACUUAAUAUCUCCAAAUUAUUAAAUCUGUAUCUCAAAAUAUUGACUUAAUAUCUCAUUGAAUUCCUAUCUCGGAAUUGUCAUGUAAUAUCUUGAACAAUUUUUUUUUCAAA